AUGAGCAGUACGCGGAGCAAACAGACGCGACUAUUGCGACAGACUAGUGUCUUACAUGAAUUAGAGGAAACAACACAGGGAAAAGACUCAUUAGACGAUCGCUACGCGCGUCUUAUGAUGGAAUUAGCAUCCCUAUGUGGCGACCGUAGCAACGUUAUUACGACGGAGUCACUGCAGUUCUUUGCUUCCUAUGGACGUCCAGAGCCUGUAAAGCUUGAGCGUUUACCGGAACGUUCGGAGACGCAGCAAAAGACGAACUCAACAACUAAACCGGACGAUUUACUUAGUGCUGACACUGCACGGAGACAACGUGUUGAAGAACUCACACGGUUCUUUAUGGAGGCGAAAUCCGACAUUGAAUUUGCAUUAGGAGGCGGUCGAGAUCUUGUUGAAGCAAAAGAAAAAGACAAAGAAACGGAAGACGAGGAGCGAGACGAGGCAGUAGAGGAAGAUGAGGAGAAAGACGAUGUGGUGGUGGACCCUGAGAAAGAAUUUGUGAGGAACCACACGAAAUUAUUGAGAGAUAAGCUGGAUAAUCGUGUCUAUAAUGUGAUGCUAAGCCAGAUUCGAGAACAGGAUCCAGCGCUCUAUGGUGCAAUUCUAUGCCAUCCACUUGUUACGGGUGUCGAUCCAAAGAAAGAGAAGAAGAAGAAAAAGAAACGCAAGGACAGAGAACGCAAAGAGAAACAAUCGUCAUCACAAAUCAAUACUGCCACGGGCAUGCUAACGCCUGAUUUGACAGCCGAGCCCUUGUCAGACGAAGAGAUGAAGCUGAAUAUUAGUCGGUUUGUAGCCAAGAGUAUUGCCGAAGGAUCAUUGCAGGGAUUAAUGCUUGCAGCGAAAUUAGUACUAUCGUUUUUGGACCACCAGAAGCAGACAAGCGACACAUCGUCAUUGACAUUCCCGCUUGCGUCGCAUCUUCGUGUGCUACGCGGAGAGAAGGCGCCGGAGUACAAGGUGAAGAAGACAAGUGUUACGGCGACAACGACAAAAAAGGAAGACACGACAUUGACGAAAACAGAUCAGCCUAGCUUUGAUACGAGUACUCUCGAAAGUGCCGAGGGGAAUUUUGAGUCCGAUUUGCAAAGUGUUGUGUUGGAAGCUACAUCUUCUACUGAAAUGGAUUUGGACUCGGAUAGUGGCUCAAUUGCUAAGUUACGUGCUCGAUUAAGUCGUUUUGGUGAUGAUAGAGAGGAUGGACAUGAAGGCGAAGAAGAGGAUUACAAACGUGGGGAAGGCGAAGACAGUCUUGGUGGAGAAGGCGUGGAUGAAGAUGCGCUGAUGGCCCGCGCCAUUGCUUUGUCACUGUCUCCUGAGGUAAAUUUGCGGGACCAAAAUGACACGUCUUCGACACCUAGCAAUGAGAACAAGCCAAAUGGCGCAGAAGAGAAAAUUGAUUCCCCUGUAGUAAAAGCGCGCCCUUCAAAGUUUUCGGCUGAGGAGCUGAUGGAGCUUGGCCCUUUUGCACUUACUGGUGCAUCGAUUGCUGAAGUCGAUGGAGUUACUGUCGUAAUGACGUUGAUAGCGCAGAUGACGAAAAUAUGCUUGGAGUAUCUCAAAUCCUGCCAGCAGGGAGAGCUCCCGAACAAAUCAUCUGUUCAGCCGCAUCCACUGACGUUCAUGCUCCUCAACUCCUUACUGAGGGAUUUGCACACAUCAACUACUGCCCAUUCUCAGGGGCCUGAUAAUUUGAGUUGGGUUGCUAAAUGGCGCUUGUUCUUCUCGUGCUCGAUGCUUUCAUUGUUUCGAGUACUAGAGGUACACUUUUUUCACGUGGAAGUGAUGGGGAUUGCUCCAGCUUCUGUCGGUCUUGGGCAUAUUCCCCGACUAAACUUCCAGCAAGAUGACGGUGAAAGUGAAAUAGGCAAUCCACUGUUAGAGAGUCUGAAGUCACUAGUCGUCCACUACAUUGGCGCUGAAAGUCCUUCUCCAACUGACGCUGAUCAGGACAUCAUUGGUCAAAUCAUUUUUUUAAGCCCUGCGGCUUGCCUUCCGGAUGAUGUUCAGAAAGUCGCAGCGUAUUACUGUGCACGCAUUCGUGAGCAAGCGAUGGCGACCUGGAUACGAGCGUUUGGUAUUUUCUACAAUGAGCAGAAGGAGCGGCAUAUAAUGCUAGCAACAAAGCUGGCCGAGUGUCAUAAGCUAGUCCGAAGUGGUGAGCAAAAUGUUGAGUGGAAGUUUCAUCAGCUAGACCUAUUAUGCGCUCGGUUGGCAUUGCCAGAUAUGUCUCAGCAUUUUGUGCCCAGCUGUGUAGAUAUUGUCGAGCCUGACACCAGAGCUGAUCUUGAACAAAAGAAUCAAAGUGAAAGUGGCUCUGUAAAGCCAAUCGACGAUGGUGCUCUCCAAAUUGCUGCGUCGAAGACAGGAAAGAUUAAAGCAAAGUGGAGCCCAGUCGCCAUUCGUGCUUCACUUGACUCUGGAUCUCUGAGUGCGCGUUGUCUCUACGACUACAUUUUGGGUCACGGACCUCCUGGUCUUUUGGAUGCGAUAAUGGAAAUCCCUGGUGGAGUCUUAAGUGAUGAUGCGAUGAAUGCUGACACUUUGGCGAGCGCAUACGAGGAGAUGUGGGAUAUGGGUCGGAAGCAACAAGCUGAGGCUUUGGAAUGCAUUAGUUGUCUGCCCAGUCUGAUUGAUUUGUUGCGCGAAAGCAUUUUGUCUGCAGGCUGGCACAACUUUUUGUUUAAUGACAGCUACGAAUUGGCGCACGCCCCAUUGAUACCACUUCUUGAAAACGCAGAUGACUCAUCGCGACGGCUAAACCUGAAUGCUCGGAUUGUCCUGCUCCGAUCAUUUCAAGACUUGAUGAUUCAACGAUUAGGUGGCUCUCGUGGUGAUGAGCCGCCUGCUUUAGAGUUUGAUUCUUCGCGAUGUGCUGAAACUAUGACGCUUUCGGAUGGAAAUCGCACUGCAAAGCAGUAUACGGCAAAGCAAUGGGGGAUGGUGAUGGCUACCACGGGAUGCCCCCCAAACACUGGCAUUCAUGAAUGGGGCGUUCGUCUCGAUCGUUGCGAGAAAGGACACAUUUUCCUUGGUGUGUGCACUCGAGAUGCAUCUGUAGCAACCUAUGUUGGUGGUGACCGUCAGGGAUGGGGCCUUAUUGGAACCCGAGCGCUUUGGCAUGCUCGAAGCAAAGUUCGUGGCGAUUAUGGUGACGGUUUUACCACGGGAAGCGUUGUUCGAGUUCGAUUGAAUACGGAUAGCGGGGCUCUGUCCUUUGGAGUUGGUGAUAGCGAAUGGGGUAUUGCUUUCGACGGUCUGACGCAACAUGGCACCUUAUAUCCAGCAAUUGGCUUGUAUCAACGAGAUGAUCAAGUUACAAUUUUGCCAGUACAACCGACCGUAGAAUGUUCUAUUGGCGCAUCACCAAGAGGCAAAGCAUUAGAGCCAAAGGGUAUUGUGAUUCCGGCUGUUCUCAAGCCUUUCUUACACCACGCAGGAGCUUUGUUGGAGGCUUGUUGCACAUUUUUGUCGAGCGCAGUGCUAGGCGACUUCGACAUGGCAUCGGAUCAGCCAAAAACUCCCGGUGCAGGGUCUGAAGCCAAGCGUAUUCGUGACUACGAGCGCUUGGUGUCUUCGUAUCCACUUCUGUUUUCAAUGGUGACCCCGCUAAUCAGUUCUUUGAGUCUUAUCCAAAACUAUCGCGGUUUGACUUCGGGGCUAGCUAUGACAUUUGUACCCUGGUGUAUUCGUACGAUGCAGUGCAUUGAUCGUGUAAAUCAAGCUCUUCGCGCUCAAGCGUCGUCUGAUCAAGACAAAGACGAUGUUUCUCCCGGUAACCUUGUGCUUUCUGUUGCUGGAGAGUGGGAAUUGAAGAGUAUGGCAGCUGGAAAUAUUCCAGCUCAGCAAUAUCACCUCACCCUUUCACAAGAUAAUGAUGGUUUGAUGCAUGGACGCAGCAGCGGCCCAUUUACAACGGUGACGUUAAAUGGUGUCGUUCGGGGUACGAAGGUAUCUUUUGUGGAAACUUGGCGCCAAGGAGGUACCUGUUUAGUCGAGGGGCGUCUUCGCGCUGACGGAACUGUAUUCACAGGCAGCUAUGAAGAUACAAAGAGCCACACAAGCGGCUGUAUAGUCGGAAAUAAAACAUCGCAAGACUUAAAAAAAAAGGACAGUGACGAUCGACAAUGGGUGAGCAAUCAGCUUGUUAUCGCUGAAAUGGUUGUUGCAAACCUGGUGGGGUAUUUUAGUCAUGCAUUGACUAGUUUGGAAAACGACGAUCUGCUUAUUGACGACGCGACUACAAGUACUUUUAAUUCGAAUGAUGCUGACAAGAUUGACGACGGCAAUAGUGACGACGUGUAUAAGAUGUCAUCCUCAGAAUGCUCGAUUGAUGACUACGACGAAUGGGUUAGCAGUAACUUGCUGGAAGGAGGACUACCUUUGCAUAGCGUACAAGCGCACUUGAAGAGUGUGCUGAAUAGGUGCUCAGAAAUUACAUGUUUUGGAACUCCCGUGACUGCGAGAUCAUUGCCUACCCUCACCAAAGCUACUAAAACCUGGAUGGAGUUUGUGUUGCCUAAGACGAUUUCAGCUCCUCUUCCUGACGUCGACAGCAUGCCUGUUGGUGGGGCCCGUGUCGGCAAUGCCUUUUUGAAAGACCUUAUUGAAAAUCGUGGCGAGGCAGCUGCAUUGGAUAGUGGGUUUUUGAGCUCAAUCAAAAGUUACGUUGACAAUUUGCAUGGCAAUUUUACGGAAAGUGAUGUUCGACCACAUGAUAAUUUGAUGCACAUCUGGCGAGCUGCUCAGCGAGUUAUCGGGUGGGCGAUCCGAGCAAAAAACUCGAUGGGAUCUUCCUAUACCGUCGUGGCUGGCCUGGUAAUUCGUAAAGCUCAAUUUUUGCUCGAGAUUGAACCCAGCGCUAAAGCUUUGGCAGCAGCCGAAGCUGUUUUUGCGCUGACGACAGUAGACAGUGGUGUUCAAAGGAUAGCAGCCAAGUCAGCAGUGUAUGAGUGCGCUGAACGCAUCUACAGCGAUGUUCUAGUGCAGGUUGCACGAUUUGUGGAAGCUCCUAUUCGCGUGUCGUCGCUGCAGUCAAGAAUGCUAGGAAACUGCACCGCAGCAUUCUUUCGAACAAUCGGCAUGCUGUCCUUCAGACAUUUCGUUGGCGACUUAGGGAGCAGUCACCGUGGUGUUUCAGCUACCGAUCGUCACCAAGUCAUUCAAUCUUCGUUUGCACUCACUAGUGCGCUACAGUGGCUGUCCCCGACUGUAGCUAAUUACAAAUCUAACGGUUGUCGUGGCUCAUCGCUAGGCAAAGACUUUGGGGACUUUAAUGCUAGUGUAGUUCCUGCAUCUGCAACUUCAACUCACGCCACUACAGAGUCAUCUUACUACCUGAGCGGUCUGGGUGGCUGCGGGAAGCAUCUCAAGAAUGAUCUCAGGGGCUCCUUUGAAUCACUGUAUGGCUACCUGAGCGCAUCCUUAUCCACGGCGACAUGGGCUCAUGAUGCUGAUCUACAACUUGUCAUUCUGUUAGCGUGGGGGAUCAUCAUUCAACCAGAUGAUCAUUCGUUCUUGUCACGCGUCGGCAUUUUUCGAGUGCUGCAAACUGUACUAGACCAGGCUCGUGGAUCCAGUGGAAUGAGCUUGACAGAAACUCCACCUGAUUUAUCUCAAAGCUCGUCAAAUGAUGCAAUAUUGGUUGCAGAGAACAAAAAGAAUGUUGUUCAAGCUGCAUUGAAAGUGGUACACCUUCUAGCUGCGCAAGUUGCGCAUGCCAGUGACGCAACAGAUGGCCUAUUAAGUGCCUCAGAUCUACCGUCUACUCCAGGUCUUAGUUUGGGCUCUAUUCCGCUGCUUCGCAAACCGUCAGGCCCCGAAACGCUCGGGAAGUCUGUGUUCCACAUGUUGUACACAGAGUUGAAGAACUCUUUAGAAGGCAUGCGUCGUAAUCGGGUAAAUGUGACUGUAGAACCUUCACCGACCGCGUUUGUAACUGACCCGACACAGUCCAGCGAUCCAAGUGCGUCUGGGACAGAAGCCAGCUUUCAAGAAGGUCUGGACGAUGCUCAAGAGUAUUGCUAUCAAAUAUGCUCACUGCUGUACUCGGUGAGCAACUCACCUGUUUGCAGGUCGCACCUUUCAUCCUCUCGAUGGCUUUGCUUGUUACUAGCUCUUGUCGACGCGAACUCGCCGCAGAUACAGCGGCGCAUCCUAAAAUUGCUUCGUCGUCUCCUUCCGUUCCUCGACCCGUCCUCUAUUAGAGUUCGAUACGACGAGUUUGGAAGCUUUGACAUGGAUAGUGAUGACGAGUACGACGCUGACGGCCAGGAUGAGUCGGAUCAUGCAAGUACUUUGAUAAAUUUCUUUGUAGGAAUUGUUGGAAUAAACAAUCCUCCAAGUGUUACCGAAGCAAUGCUUUGGCGGAACUCAGCGUCCAGGGGAGAAGGCCCGACGAAUCAUGUUCUGAAUUCUGGAUUUAACGCUAGAGGUCUCGCUGCAGAAGUGGUGCUACUUCUUCGCUCGAUGUACGAGUCGGAUAAGUGGGCUGAAUAUUUAAAUCGUGCCAUUGCCGACGCACUGGCAUCAAUUCCUCUUACGUGUGUCACAGAGCAAGAAAGAGCCGUUGUCGAAACAGCUGAUUCCGAUGUGGAAAUGGAAGACAUGUCAAAGGAAACACCGUCGCUGAAUAGCUGGACUACACAGACAGCACGUUAUGUCAAGGCCUUGUCUGCGCUAUGUAUUCUCGAUGGCCAUAUUGAGGCCCUCCAUGUUGGCGGAUCAGUAAAAAUUAUGCCUCGAUCUGGGUCGUCCUUACAAGAAAUAGCUUUUCGAGGGGCAAGAGGUGUGAUUGUUGCCUAUGAGCCGGAGAAGUCAGCAGCUGAAGUGCUGUUGCGUGGAAGCCGCGCAGAUGAGCCCACUGCUAAGCAACAAUCUUUGCUUCCAAGUCGCUCCAUACCGACACGCCCAGUUCGUGUGCCUAUUGAUGAUCUGUUAGCAGUACCAGAGGUCGAGCUACCAAACAAUGCAUUUUCGGAUACAGUACUGAAAAGCUUACUCGUCGAACGGUUCCCGUACUUUUUGGCGGAAGUCAAGAAAAGCUUUUUUGAGAUGAGUGUCGUUGAUGGUCUCAACGAGAAUGAUGGAGAUAGUGAAGAUGACGAUGAUAUGUCGAAUGAUGAUGGUUCAUCGUCGCCAUCAGCAAUGGAUAGUGAAAUGCCCAGUGGAACUGGUGUUGACAAAACGGAUCCUGAUGCGAAUGUGUCCCCUAGUCACGAAAAAAGUGGCGACGAAUCCACUUUGCCCGCAGAACCUACUGACGUUAUGGCCGAGAUGGAGAAGGAGUCGCGACUUCAUCGAAUGCUGUUGUGCCAACAUGGCCUUCGUGCUGCUGCUACAUUGCUGAAGAAUGACUACUGCGCUGCAACCUUCAUUCGUGGUGUUGGGUCUGCUGGCUUGAAGGACUUGCUGACAGUUGCCAUUUCCGAGACACCUACAACGGCAGGAGUCGGAGACAUUUCCUCGCUUGAGGAGAGCUGGCUCUUGCUGUGGUCCCGUUGGUAUUCGAUUAGAAGUGCUCAUGCAGCACCAUCACCGCCGACACAUAUCAAAGAAGGUAAAAGCAAAACAAGCAGCGCAGAAGAAGCUGAUAACUCGCCGGGCCCGAUGGUCCAACAGAUGGUGGAGAUGGGAUUUCCAAAGGAAUGGUGUGAUGUUGCUUUGGCUCGUUGCUCUCAGAAUGUUGAAGCUGCAAUUAAUUUCUGCUUCGAGCAUAGCAGCGACAUGGAGCGUCUUGUUGCGGAGUACUGGUCCAGCCGGGGUUCUGGUGGAGAGGGCAGCUUGAAAAUGACGCGAAAAGACGACUUUGAAGUCAUCAGUCCAUUAUUGGAACAGUUAUCGGAGAUGGGGUUCCCUUCCAAUUGGUGUAAAAAGGCUCUUGCUGCAAACAGGAAUAAUGUGGAUGCUGCUUUGACAUGGAUCUUAUCCAAUGGUGAGGCUUUGGAAGCGGAAGAUCGACGCGAUGAAGAUGCAAAGCUUCGCGCUUCUUGUGAGGACACAACAGAUGGAAAUGUUACAAGUAUAAUCCCAGAAUGUGAAAACAAUGUGCUCAUGCCAAACCCUCUUCGAGCGGUAAGUGGUCAAGCAUGCAUCGGAGAGCAUGAUUUAAUGGUAGAGGGCCUAGUAGGUGGUGGAUUUGCUAGCGUUGGCGCACCUGACUGCCUUGUUUCAAGCGGACGAUGGUACUACGAAGCUGUUCUUCACACAAACGGCUGCAUUCAAAUUGGAUGGGCUGAUGUGGCGUUUUGUGGCGCAGCUGAUCGUGGAGAUGGCGUUGGGGAUGGUGCACAUUCAUGGGCGUACGACGGCUGGAGACAACAGCGAUGGCAUGGCCGUUCGUCGUCGUGGGGUUCUAAGUGGAAACAGGGUGACAUCAUCGGUUGCGGAAUCGAUGCGGACGCAGGCACUGUCAUUUUUAGUUUAAAUGGCAAGAUGCGGUCCGCAAACAUGGGUGUUGCUUUCAGGGCUAUUCACUUCGCCCGCGGGGUUUACCCCUGUGCAAGCUUUAAUCGAAGAGAGCGAUUGCAAUUUAAUCUUGGCGGAUCUCCGUUUAAGUACCAACCUCCACCCGGUUUCCAGCCUAUUCUGAAUGCGCUAAGUGAUACCAAUGACCUUAGUUCUGUGCCCAAGGGGUUUGAUGUAAUUGGCUCCCGCGAGGAUUGCCUUGAAGAAAGUGCGGGUGAAGAGAAUUACUCGAACGACACCAGAUACUUCGUGCGAGACAUGCAUCCAUCGAUGCUUCGGAGUUCAGGCCAUAGCCGCAGUAGUGGUUUCGCAUCUAGCUUCGGCAUAACGAGGGCGGACGCCUUGGCUGAUAUCAAAGCACUUCCCGAUAAUCGGGUGUAUGUCGAGUUGUUGGUAGUUACGCGCUCGCUUGCAAUCUUACAGGCGCGGCGGGCUCUGCUGACUUUGCUUGCUCAAUGGCCUGCAGCAGCGGUUGGGCCAUUCACUAUCGCAGCGUUCUUGUCCAGCGAUGUCGCGUUACAUAUCAGCAGUGAUAGUGAGCAUACGUCGAGAUUUAUCGACUUUAUAAAGCUCAUUGCGAGCUUGAAUGCGCUUCAUGUGUCCAAUGCGCUACCGAAUCCGUCGCUGAUGCUACCUGACGGUGAUGCUCUUCACCUACUUGAUUGUGGUGCCACCGGUCGAUUUGCUCUAGGCUUGCUUUCUGAGGUAGUGAAAUCGGCACUGGACGACGCUCUCUCAACAGUUGCGUCAGGGGUGUGCGAUCGCAAUCCCUUAGUAGAUACAAUACUCUCCUGUAUCUUUUCAGAAGUGAAGAAAGCGUCCCAACGCCAGUACGCUAGAGUUCCAUGGAAUUCGUCAGAAGCUUCGAUCAUUGCAGCACUUUUGCAGAUUACAGCUGAAGCAGGCCAGACGUGGUCUGAUAAAGAGGUGCUGAUCCAUCCCAACCUAUUCCUUGCCGAGUGGAUCAGUGGUUUGUUGCUGGAGUCUUUAGAAAAGCGCAAGGAGGAGCUUAUAUCACCUUCACGCGAUCAAAUCCGGCAACAAUUGCUGCUGGCUUGGGUUACUUCGCUAAAGUCUCCUAGUAUGUGCGUUAAAGAACGUGGAGCAACCGUCCUUGGGGGCAUUCUACAAGAUAUCCUACCGAAGUCAAGUGGGGUUGCUAAUUCAGAUGAAAUCGAUGCUAUUGAUAAUCAGUCCAAGACGCGAUUGAAAAUGGCAUUAGACGUGCUACCGUUACGACGGCUUGUCGACCUCUCCCAUGAGCGAAUUUUUCGCGAGUAUUCCAACGUGCCAGUGUGUUCCAAAUACGUCCAAAGCAUCGUAGAGCUUGUUUCUGCUGCUGGUUUGGCCAUGAGUGCAGUAGGGCAAUCUACCGAUAAGCUAUUCGAAAGCAGCUCAUCCAAGCAGUUGCAGGCCUGUAAGCGAAUUGAAGCCGACUUAGAGCCGAUUGAUCAGAAGGAAUAUGAGGAAAUGAUGGCUGAGAAGAAGCUUAUGCAGGCACAACAGACUGCCGAAGAAGUCGUGAAACAGGAGAAACUUGCUGCAGAGCGCGCAGCGGCUGUGGAAGCAGGAGUUGAUAGAGAUUCAUCCUCAAAUUUGGAUGAGUCGAACGGAACCCUCGACGUCGGCGAUGCCACCGAAAGUGUUGACGAAGAAAGUGUUGCUCGAAGGAGCAGCGGUGCUACCAACAUGGAAGUCGAUAACAGUGACUCCGAAGAGGCUCCAGACAUUACGCUAUCCGCGAUUGCCAACAUGGUAAGUGAAGAUAGUGAUGUAAUGGCAGCAACCGCUGCUAUUGCUGCAGUCUCUGGCAAUCGUCUAGGUAGCAAGGGGCCAGGGCGACGAACAAAACUUGCCAUGCCUGUGUUACUUCAGGAAAAGGCUGAUACGACGUUUGAGUUCCGUUUACCGGAUAAAAGUCCUGUCUUCGAUACAUCUUUGCUGAACACGCCGGAAAUAGACAUGUUGGAGGCUGCAAAACGUGGCAUUAUGGGUGAAGAGUUGAGAGGAUGGAAACAUGGCAAUGACGUAGGAGUUCUUGCUGAUGCACACACGCAGCUUUGGAGUGGUACGCUAACGCAAUUCAGGCUACGGCAAAGGCAAGAGGAGAGCAAUCAACCUGAGCUGAAGGUUGGGUGCAAGGUUAUUCGCGGACCCAAUUGGAAAUGGCGCGACCAAGAUGGCGGUGAAGGUAGCGUGGGCACAGUUGAGGGUGUGUCACCAUGGAGUGGCGUGGAUGGUGAGGGCAUGUCAGUGCGUUGGCCAAACGAUUCCUUGUACACGUACCGCUGGGGAGCAGAUGGCAAUUUCGACCUAAUACAUGUAGAAGUGGACGAAGACGGCAACAUCACGCACCAGUAUGCUUCUCCAAAAGCAAAACAAGAGGAAGAGGGGUUGUUUGGAUCCGAGCUUCAUCUUGGUGUGCUGCUGUAUCUCUCCGUUGAUGAAGACGCUAUGUCGACUGCCGACGCCGAGGCUGUGAAAUUGGUUGGAUUAAUGGAGUGGCCAGACUACGGGGCUGCUGUUCGCGUCGUUGGGUGGAGAUACACGGAUGGUUCGUUGUGCGUUCAAGAGUUGCAGCUAACGCGUGGCAACCCUGACAUGGGAUGGACGCUUCGCUUUGGAACGGAAAAAUGGCAACCUGGUACGAAGUACACGUUGCGCCCGCUUAAGACGUGCGACUCGUCUGAGACAGCUUGCAAGGAAGCAUCUCAGGUAGAUACGCUUUAUGGUGAUUACGUGCACUCGGGGGUAAAAGAUGGUGAACUUGUCGAAAUUCGUGGAGAGCUGCAGGUAUCGACAAAGUAUUUGUUCACGAUGGACCACUACAAUCAUUUUUCAACGAUUGGAAUUUCGUCCGAUGGGCUAUCAGUGACGUGUAAUAGUGGAGAGUCGCGGAAUCUGGCGCUUGGAACAGUAGGGUUUACUACGGGUAUUCACUAUUGGGAGGUUCACGUUGAGCAGGCAGAGUUUGGUAGUGUGUUCAUUGGCGUGUGCGAAAAGGCAGGCCCGCCAGGCUCCCAGGCGGCGCUAGCUAGCCGCUUAAACAGAUGGCACGGCUGGGGCUUUGUCAACUUUCGUGCAACAUAUCACAACAGUACAGAGCGGAUCUACGGUGACCAUUUUAACGCAAGUGAUACUAUCGGUGUUCGGCUCAAUAUGGAGCAAGGCAAGUUGUCAUUUUUCAUGGACGGAAUAAAGUUUGGCGAGCAUAUCGUAUCUGAUUUGGGCGUCGCAUUUGAAAACAUGAAGGGCGAGCGUAAUUCGUGCACAUUGUACCCGUGCAUUGGUAUGCGAAAGGGAGGCGAUCGCGUCACACUUAACCAAAAGUGGGUCUCGAUGCCAGGGGUGUCUCCGCGACAAAUCCUUUCGGACGCUGUUGAUGUGAGUAAGGCACUGCACUCCUGGUAUGUUGCAAUUCAGCAAGAGAAAGCUGCGGCCAUAUUCAGAUCGCAAGCUGGAGCCUCAGCACACGUGCCAGUGGAGACUCGUGUGGAGUUACCGACAAAACUGCUUCGAGAGAGCUGGUUGGAGUGGAAGCGUUGGAGUGACAAACACUGGCAGCGGUGUCAUGUGCGGCCACGAGGGAUCUCCGUUGAUUUCGAUGCGUCGCCGGCUACCUGCAUCCGUGUCAGCAAUGCUGCUGGCCUAGGCGCUCCAUUGUUGGCCGGUGAUCGCGUUCGGAUGUGCUCUAAGUGCGGACAAGAGCUGAAUCAACCUGAAGAAGCUGUCGUACUAGGUGUCUACCGCGGUUUCCUUUGGUACCGUACCGAAACUCAAGGAAACGAAGGUGCCGACGAAGGCCGGUCUUGGGCUUGGUAUUGGUCUCCAAAUGAACUGCCAGAGCUUCUUUUGAUUCGUCGGGGUGGUAAGGAUAUGACUUUAAUCCAGAACAGUGCAAUGGAUUUGUCGGAUCAUGAAAGCGCACCAGAGCACAGUCCGUUUAAACCUCGUUCGACGCUAGAAGAGUGCGCAAGGACAAAUUUUGAUGCAUUUGUAGAGCUAGCUACGCGAGCGCAUUCAACGACAUCGGACAUGCAGUUGGUAGAGCGACUGAAUGCCUACUGCGCAGCGAUUGGGCUGGACGUGACGAAUCUCAAUAUCAUGGAUGUUGUAACCCCAGGAGAGAUGGAAGAAGACGACAGCUGUACAAGUGCGGCGCGUGGACGUUCUCGGACACAUUCGCUGGUCGUUGAUGACUAUUUUACAUCUCCGGCGCUGAAGAAUAUGACUGGUCCCGAGUUGCGUGCACGCACUGCAGUACUGAGGGUGCUGAACAAUAAAAUCCUUCGCGUGCUUCCGGUUAUUGCGAUCCAGCCUGACGAUGGAAGCUGCACUCAACCGAUUGAAGUCGCAGGCAGUACGAGAGGCAGCAUUUCCACGAAGCGUUUAGUCCUGUCAAUGAGUCUGAAAUUACGUUUGCUUCGACGAUUAGUGUUCACAAGCACUAAACGAGCCUUCUGGGACGACGUCCUGCGGGCAACGACAACAAGUACGCCGCUUCCUUCGGACGAGUAUGAAGAUCCACGUGAGAUACGCGUUAUUCGGAUCAACCGAAUUCACGCGCAAGCGUCAAAACUGAGUUUGCUUGCACAACCUGGUGAUCGAUUGCGUCGUUCAGUAUUUGGUCAACUUUACCGAGAAAUGCGCGCCUGGAGCGACAGCUUCUUCCGCCGCGCUUACUGCGGUAAGGGCCACGGUGGCCAGCGGCGUGCUUUCAAGGUCAAGUUUCUAGGUGAGGGUGUGAAUGACUACGGUGGACCUUAUCGUGCGGUUUUUGAACAGAUUGUCGACGAGCUGCAGAUGGACAAUGUUGAGUUAGCGCAAGGCGAGCAGGGCUUGCUGCCACUGCUGAUACCGUGCCCAAACCGCCGAAGCGCCACAGGUAGCAACCAGGAUAAAUUUUUGCUGAACCCGUCCUGUGGCACCGCUUUGUUAGCAAACGGGCCGAUGGCACUGGAUCUUCACCGUUUCCUGGGAAAACUAAUCGGUACAGCAGUACGUCACGGUUUGCAGAUGGGGCUAGAUUUACCGUCACUCGUUUGGCGUCCAUUGGCUAGACUUGAGGUCAGUCGAGUACACCUCGAAAGUGUUGAUGUUGCUGCAGCUAACAACUUGAAUCGCGUGGAGGAGCUCGGAUCUGGUACUGAGGAUGGAGAAGAGGUGCUUGGCUACUUGACCUUAUCGACCACAUUGAGCGACGGGGUUGAGGUUCCAUUGGUUCCCAAGGGCGAAAAGAUGCCGGUAACCCUGGCAAAUCGUGAGCUAUAUGUGCAGCUUGUGGAGAAGACGCGGCUUACAGAAAGUAGCCAACAACUCGCAGCACUCAAGGAUGGAUUGUCAUCUGUUCUUCCAAUGGAGCUAGCGCCGUUGUUUACGCCGCGUGAACUCGAAGUGUUGAUUUGUGGACGACGCGAAGUUGACGUGGAUCUGCUGCAGCAAUGCACGGAGUACAGUGAGGGAGCUGAUGAGACGAUGACACAUGUGCAACACUUUUGGGAGGUGUUGCGUGAAAUGACAAGCGAGGAGAGAACCUCUUUUCUGCGGUUCGUGUGGGCGCGAAGUCGCAUGCCCAACAGCGCCAAGGAUUUUCCCAUGAACUUUAAGCUACAAGCAGCACAUGAUCCUGGUGCUGUCGGUCACCCUGACCAAUAUCUGCCUCAUGCCCAGACGUGUUUUUUCGCACUGCGGCUACCAGCUUACACAAGCAAAGAGAUAUUGCGGACGAAAUUACUGUACGCGAUUCAGAACUCACCGAAUAUGGACGCCGAUGUGAGACUUCACAAUGCCGAGGGUUGGGCUGAUGCUUAA